CCACGACAUCGUUAUCGCCAAGGGCACAUCGCGAAUUCAACAUCCAUUCGGCGGCGGUAACUCGACAGUUAUUUCGCAAUGGCACUCGCAAGACCAUUGCCUCCACUAUGGCAGACGCUUUUGCCUGCCCUCAAUGGCCCCGUCCGACCCGUUAUCAACCUACCGCUCCUCCAACGAAUAUCGCAGCCAUUCCAAUUAAUACCCACACCUUUCGCCGCUCUCGCAUUACCUACAUUAUCACUCCCUUCAAUACCUUCCCUGGGCGAAAUAUGGGAAGGUAUCCUCAGGGCAGUUCCUAAGAACAAGACAUCGUACCGCAAGAAGAGGCAACGAUUCAUGGCUGGAAAAGGUUUGGAGGAGCUCACAUCGCUGAAUAAGUGCUCAGCGUGCGGGAGGAUAAAGCGUGCGCAUUUUCUGUGCCCUUACUGCGUGCACUCGCUCAAGAACUUCUUCUUCAGGAAUUCGGAAGAUCCGAAGGCGUGGGAGAAAUACAAGGAGCGACACUACAGUCUUCCUAAGAAGAUGCAGAAGCAGCUCCAUCGUGAGAAGAUCUUUGAGCGGAGAAGGGAGCGUUCAAGAUUACCUAAGCCAGAGACGAAACCCGGAAUUAUCGGCGAGCAGAAGAGGUGGACGCGAUGA